UUGAGCUGAGGGAGAACUGUAGCCCUUCAAUGGAGGAAAGAACGUCAUCUGCUCUUAACAACUAGCUGGCUAGCUGGGUAGCUAAAUUCAACUUUAUGUUUAUGUUUGUUUUUUGUUUUGUCUUCAUCCUCAAGCAUCUUACUGUUAGUAGUCAUUCGAUGCGAGAGGCCAGCCGCUUGGGUGUCAAACAUGUAUAAAAAUUCCCAUAACCAGAGCAGAGAACUGCUAAAAAGGGUAUCGGUCGUGUGAAAUUCAAUUCUGGCUGCCUUUUAUCGAGCACAGUGAAAACAAACACAAAACAACGCCAAAUUAGCUGUCUAUAUUGAGAAAAUUAGCUACCCGCCAGUCUGGAGUGGAGCUUGGCGGUGCAUUCGUUUCACCCCUGAAAACGUGGAGCCCUGAGCCAUGGGUGCGUUUCUGGACAAGCCGAAGACAGAGAAGCACAAUGCUCACGGCGCGGGGAACGGGCUGCGCUACGGGCUGAGCAGCAUGCAGGGCUGGCGGGUGGAGAUGGAGGACGCGCACACGGCCGUGGUGGGCCUGCCGCAGGGCCUGGACGACUGGUCCUUCUUCGCCGUGUACGACGGGCACGCCGGCUCCCGCGUGGCCAACUACUGCUCCAAGCACCUGCUGGAGCACAUCACGGGCAGCGAGGGCUUCCGCGGCGCCGACAAGCCCGGCCCGGCGCCCGAGCCCACGGUGGAGGGCGUGAAGAGCGGCAUCCGCUCGGGCUUCCUGAAGAUCGACGAGCACAUGCGCAGCUUCUCCGACCUGCGCAACGGCAUGGACCGCAGCGGCUCCACGGCGGUGGCCGUGCUGCUGUCGCCCGAGCACCUCUACUUCAUCAACUGCGGCGACUCGCGCGCCGUGCUCUACCGCGACGCGCACGUGCGCUUCUCCACGCUCGACCACAAGCCGUGCAACCCGCGCGAGAAGGAGCGCAUCCAGAACGCCGGCGGCUCCGUCAUGAUCCAGCGGGUCAACGGCUCGCUGGCCGUCUCGCGCGCCCUCGGCGACUACGACUACAAGUGCGUGGACGGCAAGGGCCCCACGGAGCAGCUGGUGUCGCCCGAGCCCGAGGUGUUCGAGAUCGCGCGCGCCCCCGAGGACGAGUUCGUGGUGCUGGCCUGCGACGGCAUCUGGGACGUCAUGAGCAACGAGGAGCUCUGCGAGUUCGUCCGGGCCCGGCUGGAGGUGACGGACGACCUGGAGAGGGUGUGCAACGAAGUGGUGGACACCUGCCUGCACAAGGGAAGUCGUGACAACAUGAGUGUUGUGCUAGUUUGUUUGCCGAACGCCCCAAAGGUGUCAGAGGAGGCGGUGAAGAGAGACGCUGAGCUGGACAAGUACCUGGAGUCACGUGUGGAAGAAAUCAUCGAGAAGUCAGGAGAAGACGGCGUUCCUGACCUGGGACACAUUAUGCGGAACCUUUCCACAGAGAACAUACCCAACCUGCCACCAGGGGGCGGCCUGGCCAGCAAGCGCAGUGUAAUCGAGGCGGUCUACAACAGGCUGAACCCCCACAGGGAAGAGGACGGGCCGUCCUGUUUCAUUUGAACGGCGGUGACCUGGAGGACCCGUGGUAGCCGGAGAACGUUUUUGUCCACACACACACAAGAAUGUCCAGACUACGCCAACACAGAAGAGAAAUCUGUAUACACAAUUUUGUUUCCUUUCUUUUCUCCUGUGAUACCAAGAGAUCAAUUGGACCAUAAAAUAGUUUUUAAAAAAAAAACAGGAAAAAAAAACAAUCCAAGCGACACAACCCAAAGGAUGGUGAUUUUUUUUUUAAAUGGGUCAGAAGAGGAACUUAAACGUUAGAAACAAUUUAAAAUGAAACACAGUAUAUAAUAGAGAAAAAUAAACUAAUUUUUACCUUUUUUGUUGCAUUUUUUGUGGGUUUUUUUUUCUUUGAAUUUGAGAAGAGAUGGACAGCCUGUGUAAGGACAUGGGGCUGGAUUCUGGCCUGGAUGGAAUGCGGUGUGGUUUUUAAAG